AAGUUUUGGUAACAUGAUCCAGGAAAUGACAUGAAACUAUUAAGUUUAUGAAAGUCCCAAAAGUACAAAGCACACCAAAACAAAAGCAUUUUGAAUAGAGUCUGUAUGUUAAACUGUUGGAGUUGAAUUAAUUAUAAAUGUAUGAGUUAUUUCUUUUCUUCGGUGUACUGUACAGAAACAAAAAUCAGUCACGUACAAUUAAGAAGACAGUUCUGAGAAGUAACUCUGCCAGUGGGCGGAGAUCCCUCAACUUCUUGUAUUUUUCUAUUGCCCAAUUUAUCAGGUGACUUGGAGAAGAAUACAUGCAGAGUAUUUCAGUCAUAUUUUUUAGACACCUAAGCUCUUUCUGUUUUACUAUUACGAUAAAUAUAUACGAAAUAGAAAAUGUAAUCGAUACGAGUUUCUGAUUUGUCAAGAUUAUUAUGCUUAUAAUACGUUUAUUACGUCGCAAAAAGUGCAGUUUCACUUUCAAUCGCUACUGAAUCAAUGAGAGUCUACGGAAGUGGGGGAAUAAUGCGUGUGACCCUGGGGGGAUGGUCAAGCCUUAAUUAGGGGGCCACAAACUCCCCUAUAAUCAGUAGCAUAUUAAAGUGAUGGCUGUUGGAGCCUGUUGCACAGAGAUUCAACAGACUCGCGUGGAGCUGGUGGAGAACUACAGCAAACACCUGACACACCUUCUGGACGUACUGUUUAACGUAGGGGCGUUGACCGAGGAGGACCUCAGUCUCAUUAGAGGUUCAGCUGUUAAAGGUGAGCGAGAAUGUAUGAGAGCUCUGUUGGAUGUGCUGAAUGGGAGAGGUGAAGAAUCAUGCAGGGCGUUCCUCUACGUACUGCAAAGUGUUCGAGAUGACACCACAAAACCAGGACAGGCCAACAGGCAAAAGCAUCUCAAAAAGCACAAGGACAUCUUGGCCAGACAGCACAGCCUGGUGGACUAUCUCAGCAUCAGAGGACACAAUUUAGGGCAGGAUGAAAUCUGGUACUUGACUGAUAUCACCUUCUCAAGACAAGCUGGUUAUGCAUCCCCUACUCAAUGCCGACAUGAGUCAGCAGCAGUUGGGGAUGCUUUCAGGACACAAAAGGAUGAGAUCUGCGUUUUCAGGGAUGUGUAUGAGAAUUUGCUGUCCAACCUAUCGAGUGGUGUGAAUAUGCUGUCAGGAGUUGCUGGAAGUGGGAAAACCACGGUUGUGAGACGGUUGGUGCGAGAGUGGGCUGCAGAAACCACCUCGUCCAAGAUUGUCCUAUCUCUGUCCUUUCGUGAGCUAAACCUCAUAACUCAAGAGCAGAGCUUGCAGGAUCUGCUCUCGGAUCACUACAUCCACCUGAAGCCUUACCUCCAAGAGUUACUGAGCUCAAACCCAACCCAGUUUUUACUCAUCUUAGAUGGUCUGGAUGAGUUCUGCUACCCUCUUAAUUUCGAACACACACCCAAGUGCUCAAAUCCUGAGCGGGCGCAGCCUAUACAAUCCAUUGUGGUCAACUUAAUCAAAGGAAAUCUGCUUCCAGGCGUGUCCAUUUUCCUCACCUCACGACCUCAUGCGGUCUCCAAAGUUCCUCCAGUGCUGGUCAGCCAGUUUUACAGUCUGCUAGGUUUCUCUUCAGCUCAGCAGAAGCAGUACUUUGAGCAGAACUGCAGUUCUCCGGAGGCUGCCGCUGCAGUGUGGGCCUCUGUGUCAUCCCAUAAGCCCCUUCUCCUCAUGUGCCACAUUCCCGCAUUCUGUUGGAUCGUGUCUACUGCCUUGCACGAUGGUGGCUCCUGCCUUUGUCCUGAUUCUGUAAGAGCCAUGCCAGGAGAAAAAGGAGUCAUUGAGGAAGCCAACCAACUGAACUCUUCAUUGGAAUCUUCUGAGGAGAGCUCCAAACCAGUCACAAUCACUGAGAUCUACUGCUGCUUCGUUAAAUCCAUCUUGCUAUUCCAUGUGCAAGGGCGUAGCGAGGGCUCCCAUCACACCAGGCUUCAGCACGCCCCUCAUGUCCUUGGCGAAAUGCAGCCUAUACUCAAAAACCUGGGAGCUAUGGCCUUCAAAGGCCUCCUGGAGAGACGGUUCAUCUUCGAAAGCUCUGAUUUGAGCUCUUUUAAUCUGGAUAGCACCAAACUCUCACAGGUGUUCCUCUUUGAGAUACUUAAAGAGGAUCGAGCAUCCCUCACCUUUGAAAAGGGCUUCCAUUUUAUCCACACCAGUGUACAGGAGUUCCUGGCUGCCCUGUACUAUGUUUUUCAGUCACUCUCAGGAUCAGAUCCAUUUUUAGGCCUCAAACUAAGCACAGGCUGGUAUCUUCAGUCUGCAUUUAAGCAGAUGGCAUCAGCCUUUAACAAACUCUGCAGACCGCGGCGUCUCUUCCGCAGACGCAUUAAGAAGGCUCUUUGCUAUGGUGAACGACAUCAAUCUGGACACAUGGAUCUUUUCUGCAGGUUUGUAUGCGGCCUGCUGGUUCCUAGAACACGUCUCAUCCUAAAUGGAUUUUUCCCUGAUGGGCCCAAGAUGCAUCUGCUCCAUUGCCAGUCCUCUCCAGACCCGACUCCUCCUUUCCUCCUCCAUCUGUUACACUCCCAACUCCAGAGCUCUACCCUCAGCUCGGAGAGGCAGGUCAAUGUUUGUCACUGUCUAUAUGAGGCCCAGGACAAUGGUUUGUCACAGCGGCUACAGGGUUGGAUGAAAGUUAUUUCACAGCAAGCCUCAGGUCAGUCCAGUUCAGUAAACAGGGACUGGAGCGAACUGGCUUUCCUGUUACAGCUCAGCCCAGAUCUGCAGGUUUUAAAUUUGGACGCUCAAGGACUUGAUGCUGACGGAUUACGCCGACUCCUGCCAGUCCUUCAUCUCUUCUCAACACUCAGCCUUGGCCAGAAUCCUCUUGGUUCAGAGGGAGCAUCUGUGUUAUCCCUCGUUUUGAGAAACCCAGAUUGUCGCAUUCAGAAUCUGUGGGUGGUUGCGACAGGACUUGGCUGUGAAGGUCUGAAAAUCCUUGUGGAAGCUCUGAAAGAAAACCAUACUGUGACUGAUCUCAGAAUGGCCAUCAAUAAAAUUGGAGAUGAUGGAGCUGGUUAUCUUGCAGAAUUGUUGAGGACGAACUGCACACUGACAGAUAUCAGACUUCGUGACAACCUAGUGACAGACAAAGGAGCAGAAGUCCUCAUGGCUGCGCUCAAAGAGAACACUACAUUAGAGUACCUGUGGAUGUUUGACAACAAGUUUACCAAAGACGGCGUCAAGAAGCUGAAAGAAUUCGCAAAGACCAGACCAAACCUUGACAUUAAAGUUUGCGUCUGACACAAAACACAGACAAACCAGUGGAAUAUCUCUUUAAAACAGCAUUUGUUUUGCUGAAUUGGUUAAUUUAACAAGUUCAUUCAUACAUUAUUUUAAUAUUAGUACAACAGAUUAGUACAACUGAUACUGUAUAUUACUUCUUUGCUGCCUUCACAUGCUAUCAGAAAUUUGAUAAUUCCCUCUUGUGAAGUCGUGAUUACAAGCUCAUCGCAUUCAAUUUUCGAAAUUGGAGGGCGUUCAUGUGAAAUUUUUUACCUAGGAAACUCGUAUUUACGAUAAUUCCGAGAGCACGUGAAGGCAGCAUCAAUACACAUUAGACUUUUAAAGGGUUAGUUCACCCAAAAAUGAAAAUAAUGUCAUUUAUUUCUCACCCU